GUUAUUUUGGAAUUAGGGGUUUCGUAUUUUUGUUAUUCUUUCUCUAACCUUGAACGAUUUACCGCCGCGCCGGAGAAGAAGAAGGAUCCGUGUCGCAUCGCCAUGUCUCAGGUUGAUAACAGAAAUUCCUCAGCUGCUAAGCGUGCUAGGACUGAUGGUAGUCGUAGGGAAGACGAUUGGACAUGCCCUAGCUGUGGCAAUGUCAAUUUCUCUUUCAGGACAACUUGUAACAUGCGUAAUUGCACUCAACCGAGGCCCGCUGAUCAUAAUUCGAAAUCUGCUGCCAAGCCUCUCCAAGUUCCACAGGGCUAUUCAUCCUCAGCUCCUUACAUAGGUUCUAAUACUCCCUCUUCAAUUUAUCUUGGUGUUCCACCAUACGGGUCUUCUCUGUUCAAUGGGUCGUCCAUUCCUCCCUAUGAAGUUCCAUUUUCUGGAGGAUCAGCAUAUCACUACAAUUAUGGUAGUCGUCUUUCUGCUGGCAGUCCUUAUAGACCGUUGCACUUAUCUGGACCUACACCUUACACCAGUGGAUCAAUGAUCGGAAAUGCAGGUGGGAUCUAUGGCAUGCCCCAACUGUUGGAUCGGUAUGGCCUGGGUGUGCCUAUUGGCCCUGGGACAAUGGGUGCUAGGCCAGGAUUUUUUCGUGAUGACAAGUCUCAGAAAAAAGAUGCAACUCGUGACAAUGACUGGACAUGUCCAAAAUGUGGCAAUGUGAAUUUCUCGUUCAGAACUGUCUGCAACAUGAGGAAGUGUAACACACCCAAACCUGGAUCCCAGGCCUCAAAAUCUGACAAAAAUUCUAAGCAAAAGAUGCCUGAGGGAAGCUGGAAGUGUGAAAAGUGUAAUAACAUAAAUUAUCCAUUCAGAACCAAGUGCAACAGACAGAAUUGUGGUGCUGACAAGCCAGCUGAGUCAGAAAAAUCUGCUUCACCAGCUGGAGAUCAAAGUGAUCAGUGAGUACUAGGACAUGUUUGAGGGUUGAGAAGGUCCAGAGUUGUCAUCAAGCAUGCUCAAUUUGGGUGUCUGACAGUCAGUCUUGUCGUCUUCUAUGUUGCAGCAGUUGUCAAGUCACUCACCUUCUCAAUAUGUGUCAAGUUGUUGUAUUAACUGAGAUGGUAUUUUGGUCUUUGUGGAUUGUUAUGAUGCAUGUGUCAGCCAGCUUUCCUGGCAUAAAGGUUAUUGCAGGUUCCAGUUUUAAGUUUUCUUUUGGUUCUUGACUGUCUGCGUUCUUAAGUAUUUCUUUAGAUGAAUAGAUGCCUCAAAAGAAUGUGAACAUUCCAAGUUUUUAGAUUUAUUAGGUCUUUCUGUUUUGGGUAGUUGAAAGUGUCUUCCUAACCUAUCGCUAUUAGGAUGUAUGCACCAGCAUUACAAAAUCCAUUUUCUUUCGUGUUGCUUGUAGCUAGCUACAUGGAUGAUUCAUGUCGUGUCAUUGAAUUAAACUUAACAGAUUAUUUGGUCGAUCGUAGACUUAUUUUACAG